AAUCGUUAAAAGCUUUUAUAGAAAGGGUCACGCGACACUGCCUCUCGCCAUGUAUUAUUCGUGAAAAUUGCAAUAACAAAGAAAGUUUCUCAGAUAUACCCAUACCUGGAUUGUAUGUACCCAAAGAAGCUUAUUUAUCAGCAUACUGAACAAUUAAACAACGACUAAUUAUAUAUGAAGGCCUACACGUGUGUUUUUGUUUUUUAGUUCGGAGAACUUUGGCAGACUUUACAGCGAGAAUGAGCUUAGCAUAGGCUUGCCCUCUUAAGAACUCUGCAGAGCAAAUAUUUUAGAAAUAAAAGCCGAACAGUAAAUAGUUAGACAUGUCGGCCUCGAUAACGUUUUGUACGUAUGUGCAGAUGUGCAGAUGUGAUACAGUUUUCGACAGUGAAGAAAACUGCGUUGGAAAUCUUUCAAAUCAAGUUGCUGAGAAGCGAAUAUGAUUCUGAAUUUCAAGCUUCACUUUGAUCACGCUGCUUGACUUUAACACGUCAACAUGCUACAUGGGUUGAAAGACAUUGUGACGUCACGUUAAGCCCUGUGUCAGAUAACUACUCGCAACACCAUUAUCACAUGAUAUCGUCACUGUCUGCUUGAGAAAACUUCAAGAGGAACAGCGAUCGAUAAAAUUUGUUCGCGAGAAAAGUACAGGUCAGUGCGUGCGGAGAAAAGGAGAGGAGCUUCAUAUCGCGCGGAGACGCGCGGCCAUCACGACUCACCGGGGACUGUUCUGUUACAGGAAGUGAAUCCCAGCAAAAAAAAAAGGGAGUCUCUUUCAUGUCUUCUGCGGCACCUGGAAGGAGCUUUUCAAUUAGAGGAACUCAAGAAGAAAAAAAGAGCAGGGGGUAAAGAAAAAAUAGGUUUGAUGAAUCAACGGCAAAUCAGUGAAGCAAGUAGUAUUGAUUUUUGAGACACAUGAGUCGAGCCUUCUUUAUUCGCCUCCUCUUUGCAGACGACUGUUAAUCUUAGUAACAGAUUUGCAUUCGUUAAGUGUUGUUAUAUGGUGUUGUGGACAGAACAGUUCAUCGACGGUUGUAUAUAGAACCUCGAUUGAAGGAUAUUUUUAUUGAAUCUUAUACGAAAUAUGUUUGAAUAUUUCUUGUUGGAUUAAGUUUAAACGCUGAUGUACACUUUAUUAACUUAAUGAUUUGAUGUUUUGACAUCCGUCUUGUGUACGUCAGUGGAAACCCGAUGACAGUUCCUCGACCGAUUGAUGUGCUACAGCGAGCUUGAAGAUGCAAGUGCAUUUGGAUAUAUUUAUUGGAUGAAUAUAGAUUUUAUUUGAUUGCCAGUGUAUUUUCUGAUAUGGUUUUAACAAUGGGAGAUGAUUUUUAUCGACAACGAACAGCCACGAGCGGGCGACGGGUUCGGCGGGAAUCGGAUGCGAGGCGCGAUCUCGAACGCAUGCAUCUGAUGACGAUACGGCGAGAGAAGAUGAGAUUGCAAGAAGAGUUGGAUCGUGUACGCGUCAAAGGAGGAGGAAAAGCAGGAAUGAGCCAAGCAAGCAAAAAUGCCCAACUCCUGUCGAGUCGUUUCGUGACGACUGCCAACGAUAAAGGAGCGAGUCAGCGACGAACACGACUACGAAUAUCGACGGCGACAUCGCCACAGAGAGCGACAUCGCCGUAUGUUCUACGACGGAACACGACCAACACGAAGUUGGGCUCGAGUAUGAACCCAGAUAAGGAACUUCCUCAGAUCGGGUACAUGGCAACACCGUUGACAGGAGAGCUGGACUCCAGGAGGCUCAAGGAUGAAGUAAGAGACCCGAAAACGAAAAUUAACGAACUGAAGAAGAACGAGGGGCAACAGAAGAAACUUUUGUCGCUCAAAGUAGACAUGUUUACUCGAUCUCUUUCCCCAGUCUCUAUCGCAAGCGCUCGGUCACCGGGCCGAUCACCCGUUCAUAGCCCAACGUCAAAGCCCGAGGACAAACAUCCAACAAUGGAUGAUGUCGACGUUACGUCGUCUGACUAUGUAUUUAGUCCUAGAGCGACAUUUCCACCGGGGGCAAAGAAAAGGGGACAUUUCGACAUUUCGAACACUCGGCUAGUGCCCAUAGACGUCGAGGUGAAUGGCAUGGGUAGCGAUCACGGGCUAACUCAACGCGACGACGUUCUACCCACGAUAUCGAACACGCAGAUAGUCCCAACUCCACUACCAUCUCGACCAACUGUCAUCCGCCGACAGAGUCAAGUCGCCAUUUUGGAACGAAACGACCAAAAGAAGAACAAAUACGCCACUACUAAAGAUUCAAAAGAUUCCAGUAGGAACAACAACAGCAAGGGCGACGCCGCAAAGCUAUCCGUGGAAUCUGAACUAAACCUUGCCGUUCUCGGUCGCGACGCGAAACGUGUGAAGGAGAUCAUUGAAAACCCUGAUAUCGUGUUCGACCAGCAGAAGUACGCUCCCGAUGGUGCGUUGAGGACCGUUCACAUGUUGCCGCCUGCGGAUAACGCGUUUUCACAGGCCAGACAGGCAAGGUACCUGAGGUGGAGGGAUCCCAAUGAAACGAACAGAGAACGGGAAUUGACCGUUUCUGAAAUAUUCGCCAAAGGCACAAAUAGCUUCUAAUACAACAGUGAAUGGGGGGGGGGGGGCUGACGGUACCAUGUAGCUACGUCACUGAAUGUUGGAAAUAAACAAUCAUCCGAAAGGGAAGUUCUGCUGCAUUUUGUUGAAGUGCGGCCUUUUUGAGAAAACAUGACUAUGGGUAAAAAUGUAGCACAGCAUGUUUAGAGAUCUAGACAAGGUUGACACUUAUAUACGGUUUAAACGGCCAAAAGUGUUCAUCAAAAACAUUUCUCUUGGUCAACUUUACUUUUUGUUAUCGUAAAUAUAAGGCAAAUUCAACCGAAUUCAUCGGUGUCAAUUGUUUGAUGUCACUUUCGCCAAUACGUGUUAAUGAAAAAUACGCAUGUACAUUAUGUUCACCAGACGAAAUGUUACACCAUUCUGUAUCUUGACGGAAAUUGUUUUACUUGAUUGAACACCAGGGCAAGUAUUCAAUAAACUUUAAAGGUAAAGACCGGUAGUGGUAAAAUUGCAGUUCAAGGGUUUUGGGUGCAAAAUAUCCAUUCAAUAUUGUUUAAAUAUUGCCUUCAGAGGUUUAGAUGGCAAAUAUUCAACCUAAGUUCUCCAAAAAAAAGCAGAAAUAUA